UUUAUUCCCCAAUAAGUGGUUCAUUUUUCAAGACAAUUGUGAAAAAGCGCCGCGGAACUUAUUCUGAAGGGCGGGACCGGAUGUAGUCAUGCGCGACUGUGGUUAACUUCACUGUGUUUCCUUUUUUCAGUAAUCGGGUCCUCAGGUCGGUUCUCCGGAUACAAGCAACGAGAUGUCCCCGAUAAUGCUGCUGCUCCUCGGCCUCCUGCUGCUGAUACUCGGCCUCCUGCUGCGAGGCCGCAAGAGACGAGAUGGUGAACCUCCGCUCAUCAAAGGCUGGAUUCCGUACGUCGCAAAGCUUGAGUUCGGUCGCGAUGCCCACAAGUUUCUAGAAGAACACAAGAAGAAGUUUGAGGACGUUUUCACAGUUCCGGCUAGCAGUAAAUACAUGACCUUCGUCAUGGACCCUCUGCUGUAUCCCAGCGUCAUCAGACACGGCCGACAGCUGGACUUCCACGAGUUCUCCGACAAGGUGGCGCCCGUCACCUUCGGCUACCCGCCCAUCCGCGGGGGCAAGUUCCCCGGCCUGCCGGAGCAGAUCGGCCGCACCUUCCAGCUCCUCCAGGGUGACGGCCUCUCGGCCCUCACGGAGAGCAUGAUGAGCAACCUCCUGCUGCUGUUUCGUCAGGACCACCUGGGCGGGCCGCCGCCGGGGGGGGCGAGCGGCGACUGGAGGAGCGCCGGCAUGUACGAGUUCUGCAACUCCAUCAUGUUCGAGGCCACCUUCCUCACCAUCUACGGCAGGCCGGCGUCCGCCAGCCGCCACUCCGACACCGGCCUGCUGAGGCGGGACUUUGUGCGGUUCGACAACAUGUUCCCGUUGCUCAUCGCUCAGAUCCCCAUCCGACUGCUGGGACGGACCAAGGCCGUAAGGGACAAGCUGAUCGACUACUUCCUGCCGCACAGGAUGUCCCGCUGGGCCGACACUUCGCUGUUUAUCAGGACGCGAUCAGAGCUGUUUGAGCAGUACGACGCUCUCGGGGACGUCGACAAAGCAGCUCAACACUUCGCCAUCCUCUGGGCGUCGGUGGGAAACACCAUCCCUGCCACCUUCUGGGCCAUGUACCACCUGGCGCGUCACCCCGAGGCCCUAAGGGAGGCGCGCCGGGAAAUUCAGUCCGUCCUGGGACUCGGGGACGGAGUCCCGUUCAGCAGCAGCCGGGACGUGAGGCUCGACAGGGAGCAGCUGGAGAAGCUGGUGUAUCUGGAGAGCGCCAUCAGCGAGAGCCUCCGCCUCUCCUCGGCGUCCAUGAACAUCCGCGUGGCCCAGGAGGACUUCAGCCUGCGGCUGGACGCCGGGCGCUCGGUGGCCGUCAGGAGGGGAGACUUCGUUGCCCUCUACCCUCAGACCAUGCACAUGGACCCCGAGAUCUACGAGGAGCCACAGUCGUUCCGAGCCGACCGCUUCCUGCAGGACGGCGUGGAGAAGACUGACUUCUACAAAGACGGCCAGCGGCUCCGGUAUUACCUCAUGCCGUUCGGCUCCGGGUCCUCCCGGUGUCCCGGACGGUUCUUCGCCGUUAACGAGAUCAAGCAGUUCCUGUGCGUGCUGCUGCUCUGUGUGGACCUGCAGCUGGAGGACGGGCAGGCCGGGGCCACGCUGGACGCCAGUAGAGCCGGACUGGGGAUCCUGCUGCCCGCCGCCGACGUACGCUUCCGCUACCGGCCGCGAAACAUGUGACAUUCGCCCGGCAUGGCGGCCCCCCGGCGCCCCCUCAGCCAAUCGGCAGCUUUGGGUGUCAGUAGAUGCACAAAACUCAAUUGCUUUAGAUCUUUUCAUACCACCAUCUCUGAUACACGGAGACAUUAUUUAGACGGUUGAAUAGAGACCAAUACUAUGUGUACUACCAAUACUUCACGCUGUUCUUUAUUAUUUACUGUCAUUAGUGUUUUAAAAGAACAGUCCAACAUUUCAGGAAACAAUAGCUUAGCACAAAUACUUGAAAAACAUCUACUCUCUUACGUUUUCUACGUUUCUAUGAUGCUAACAGCACCAGAGACGGCGUAGCAUUAGCUCAGGCUGAACCCUCACGCGUUGGCCGUCUACAUUCAGGACUUAUCAAGCGGCGUCAGGUUUAUAGUCAUCAACCGGCUAACUAAUGAUUAGCAUUAUGCUUCAACUGGUUAGCUCAAAGUCCAAACAGAAGCUUCUAGAAACAGGCUAGCCGCUAGCUGAAUGCUAUGUUUUGUGACAUCCAAGGGAGACGUCUUCCGGAUUCAAAAUGUUAGCAUUAGCACAAAGCUAGCCAACAGGAAUCCUCCUUCCAACAGCUCCAAGUCCGUCCGAUUGUUGAGCCAAACAACAGCUGUUCAAUCUGGUCUUUGUAGUAAACAAUCGAUUGUGACGUUUAGCUUCACCUGCUUUAAUAUUUAGUCCAUGAGUUAAAUAAUUGGGUUAAAAUGGUGUAAUGCUGAUUAUAUCCAAAUGAUGAAAAUGUUCUUUCCUAUAAAGUGAUUUGUGAUUAAUCAACA